AUGGGUUCAGGUGCUCAUGUAAAGGCACUCAGAAUAGUGGAACAACUCGAGAUGGAAGCAGACAUCAAGAGGAUCGCGGUCUCUCAGGCAGCUGCAGAGCUUCAGCAGUACAGCAUGGGGAAUGCCUGCAAGGACGCCAGCCUGCUCGGUGUUCCAGCUGGAAGCAACCCCUUCUGAGAGACCCGAUCCUGUGCCUUACUCUGAAGACUGUAGGAAAGAAGUUCCCUGAGGAAUGCCUUCGAGCACAAAAUGGUGACUAGCUCCAAAUGCCAAGAAAGCAGUUUUUUUCAGGGCUGGAGUGAUGGCUCAGUGAU